AAUCCUGGAUGGCCGUUCUUGGAUGAAGUAGUUCCAGAAAAUGUGAUGGUAAACGCAAUCUCGCCUAGACUUUUGGUUGUUGACAUAUGAAGUGGACAAGAAUGGUAGCAAUAUAGGCUCCUGCCACAAUGCCCCACGUCACGACUAGGCAAUGGAGCAAUGGAAUUCUCUGUACAUACUUGUUGACCCUGACAAUAUUCUCUUUCGCGGCAGGACAAGUGCUUGCCAACUUGGCUCUCCCAAUUCCGCUCAACGGAGUGAAUGAUUGUCAGCUUUCUGGCCGAUCAAAGUUCAGCCUUGUGGACCGGCCCUAUUCAAGCUGGGUGAUUGUCCCAGACACGCCGCGUGAUAUACAUAUCGCUCCAGACGCUUACAUGGGGUUGACGACAUGCUCGCUUCUUGCGUCUUCCAAGACAUGUAUGGAUGUGGUGCAUGGGCGACACAGGAAUAUGGUAGUUAAGAUCUGUGUGCAUAAGCAUCAGAGUAUUGGGAAUGAAGCUAGUGAUAGUAUAAUAUUGGCUCCUGACCCGCAGCCCUACGCAUAAAAACAGGUGGAGUCUGCAUUACUAAGGCUACGCCAAAAACACACGAUGGCGGGUGAGUAACACGCCGCGAACAACAAAUAGCAAUAGAAUCUUCAACGAUUACGAAAGUUGGCAUUCAUGGUGGCUUUUGCAUGAGCUGGUGAGGCUGCAGAAUGAUCGUGUUGAACCCGGAGUGGAUGAUAUCAGAUAAAUGACAACUACUGGCAUAGGAGUCUGAGCCUUUCUU